UGUGAUGUGUUUGUCAAAUUUGAAUGUAUCGUUUUGCGUUGUUUCUUGUUAAUUGUAAAAAAAAAUACUUUUAUAAUAAACAUUUAAUUUAAAUGUAAAAUGACUAUAAAAUUAAUUAGAACCGAUGCAAUAGAUUGUGCUAAAAUUCAACUAAACCGCGGUGAACAUAUUAUUGGACGAGGAAAACUUUUAGAUUGCAAUGAUAAACGCAUAUCUCGUGAGCAUGGAGAAUUAGUAGUUAAUGAUGACUCGAUAACAGUUAAAGCGUUGCAUCAAAAUCCUUGUUUUUACACAAAAAAAGGUACAAACGAGACCGAGAUCUUGAAACAAGGAAAUUCUAUAACAUUAAAGAGUGGAGACAGAUUUGGCCUUUUGCCGGAAACAUAUUGGUAUGAAGUAGUUCAUUGUUUAGAGUUAGUUGAAUCUGAGGACUCGGAAACUCAAAAAUGUACAGAGGAAUAUCCACUUGAAGAAGCUAAGGAUCAAAAUGUAACUAAUGACGAUAAAACAAGUAAUGGUGAUGAUUCUAGAGUUGUCGAUUUUAAUUAUGACGAGACUCUAAAUAAAGAUGAUGGACCAGAGUCACCUUCUAUUAUUAAUAAUCAAUAUGAUGAAACAGACAGACAACAACAAAAUGAGCCACUAACAGAGGAUGUAUCAAAUGAGCCAGCCUCAUCAAAUGUAGUGAAUGAGCCAGCCUCAUCAAGUGUAGUUAAUGAGCCAGCAUCAUCAAAUGUAGUUAAUGAGCCAGACUCAACAAAUGUGACAGAAAAUGAGCCAAAAUGUAAAUAUACUAACGAAUCAAGCACAAGUCCAUCAGUUAAACGAUCUCAUAGUCCAGAUGUCGGUAAUGAUGACAUUAGUGAUGUUAAGAAAAUUAAAACAGAGGAUGUGAAAGUGAAAGUUGAUCCAGAUGCUGCAAAACCAGGACCGAGUGAUCAGGCAGCAAGUGCAAAUGUGAAUAAUGCCUUACCUUCAAACAACAAGCCUAAUAGACCUAGGGAAAGGUGCAUAUAUGGUGCAAAUUGUUAUAGGAGGAAUCCUCAACACAAGGAUCAAUUCAGUCAUCCGAGUGACCCAGAUUGGGGCCCUGGAGUGAGGGGCGUGUGUCCGUAUGGGUUGACCUGCAGCAAGAGGGACCUGAGACACUGGAGGGCCCAUGAUCACCCUCCUGGCGCUUUGCCCCCGCCCGGACCAGGUCGGAAGAUAAAAAAGAACAGAAGAUAUGAUGGGUUGCCAGAUCAAAAUAUUGUAACCGGGAAGAGAGUCCGUAGAGCGGUUCAGAAUCAAAAUUGGAAUGAUUCCGGUUCAGAUCAGGAAUCUGAUCCGUAUGGAACUGAUGAGUCUGAUGAAUGGAAACCUGAUAGAAAUGAUUAUUCAGAAGAUUAUGUUUAAAAAUGAAGUUGUAUAAAUAAAAUUGUUUUUCGUA